CUUUUGAGAAAGAGCACAUAAUCAUGUGGACAGGACACGAUUGGGUAUCCUCUCUACCUGAAGAUACAAACAAUCCUGAGAGAAGGAAGGGUUUGGAAUCUGGUAAUGCUGCUAGCACUAACCGAUCCUUUGAAGGCCAAAUGGUUCUGUCUACUUCUGGAAGACAAAGCUUACCAAUUACAGAAAUGAAUCCUUGCAAUUUUAAUGCUAACACUUCUCCGCUGGGUGAGGAAGAUGCAGAAUAUGUUGGAAGUGACAGAACAAAGGAAGAUAGAUCGGAGUAUCACUAUUUGGAAUCUUCCGAUAAGGUUCCUUUAGAUAUUUUUGCUGUUACAAAAAUGGAGAUAAGUGAAAGCAAAAUUUCUCUGGUGUAUGCAGGAGAUACAGGUGACAGUUCUAGAAUUCCCAGUGACUGGCAUGAAUCCAAAACAAGGUUGAAUGAUUUAGUGGUGAAUCCAGAACGUGAAUUGGGGUGUGCUUCAGAUGAUGUAGAUAACAAGUUUGAUUGUUCCGGUUACUGGUUACAAGGUGCAUUCUGUAUCAGUAGAUACAGACCAAAACUGUAAGCUGGUAAACUCACGCCAUGGAAGGAAGGAAUUUUACUACUUCGGAAGCUGGCUAUUGGAAGUGGGAGUGCAGUUCUAUUAGAUGAUUCUACUAUCGAUGCUGACAUUGUGUAUCAACAGCAGUUGUUCUCUCUAAAUCUACCCCACCUGGACCAGUUUUUCAGCAUCAGCCUAAAAGACUGUUAGUUCACAGACGUGGGGAAGAAGAAACUCGUGAUUUGGAGGUAGGAUGCACCAAAGACACGCUAGCUUCUUCGAGAAUAGAAACUGUUGUUUCGGAUAGAAAGGUCAAUUCAACAAAGAGUACGAGAAAGGAGAAGUUAAAGGGUAUUAGAGAAGAUUAUCUAAUCGUAGUACCAAAAGGGAGCUUAGGAGUGGAUGAGCUUGCCAACUUACUAGCUUAGCUUGAUCAAUGAGUAACAAUAUUUGAAGGAUCGAGUCGAUUAUUCUUUCUAUAAUGUCAAUGUCAUGGCGCAAAGGAUGAACAUACUACUUCAAUCAAUUUACUGCACCGGAUAUGAUAUCAAAUACCCGAUGGUCCAGCUGGAUACCUUGAAAAGCUCUAUUUUUAGAACAGAGGAGGAUCUAGAAUUUACUACUAUGGAUGCUCAUCAACUAAAAUCGUUUUGCUUUUAUCAGGCUAAACACACAGUCCUUGUUAUCCCAACCAAGUGAACUAAUUGCCCUACUAAUUUUCAUUUGAAAUAACAACAACAAAAAAACAAUUGUUGCCA